CAGUAAAAAAAAAUCCAGGGUGAGAUCACUCUUCUUGACUACCACAAGCAAAAGAUUCCAAGGUCCACGCUUCCUUUCCUUUUCUCCCCAUCUCUUUUAUUGAAAUUACCAUGUUGUGUCCCUUUGCAGGGGUGGAGAUUGUUCUAUAAAUUCCACCCUUCGCCAAGGCUACAAUUCCCUUUCCCCCUCUGUUCUUCUUCCUUGCUUUGCUUACUGAAGACUCUGCUGGUUGUUCAAGUUUUUUCUUUCCAUUUCUGUUUCUCCUGCGAUUUUUUCUUGGGUUCUGAUCAAACAUUGUGUGCUUGCUGCUGCUCUUGUUAAUCUAUUAUAACCAGUCAUUUGCAGGGGAAACUCUGCCAAAAAUUUCUCUGAAGAAAGAGCUUUAGGGUCAAGAUCUGGCCUUUGCUCAAUCCUUGAAGUAGUUUCAAGAUCUGACCUUUGGCCGGCACUUAUCCUAUUUUGUUUCCAUUCACAUGCAGCGUCUGCUUCUCAUCUUUAUAAUCUAUGUUGCCUAUUAUAAGUGAGAUCCUCCUCUCUGGUUUUAUGAUACAUUCCAGUAUUCGGCGCAGGACUCAUCUUGUUCAAUCCUUCUCUGUUGUCUUCCUCUACUGGUUCUACGUGUUUUCAUGAACUUGUUAUGAGAUCUGAAAUCCUGGGCCUGAUCCUCGUCAUUUUCAUAUAUAUUGUCUAAUAAUUUCAUCUAAGUAACUCAGGAUCUACUCUUUCCUGAAGCAUUAGUAUUAAACUUUUGAAGAUAAUUGUUAAAUAAAUCAUUUCACUGCAUGGCUUCUGCCCAUGGAUCUUCCUCCGGUUCCAUCCUGUUGCAAAACUCAGGCUCUGAAGAGGAUCUACAGGCACUGAUCGACCAGAAGAAGCGGAAAAGAAAGAUAUCAAACCGUGAGUCUGCAAAGAGGUCGAGGAUGCGCAAACAGAAACAUCUGGAUGAUCUGACAGCCCAAGUGAACCAGCUGAGGAAGGACAACAGUCAAAUCUCAACCUACUUGAGCCUCACCACGCAGCAAUAUUUUGCUAUGGAGGCUGAGAACUCUGUCCUGAGGACCCAGAUGAUGGAACUCAACAACAGGCUGCAGUCUCUUUAUGAGAUCCUUUACUGUUUGAAUGAUACCAACACUAAGCAGUAGCCUCCUAUAAGCUGGUCCUCAGACCAUGGAACUUGCUCAUCAUGGCUUCAGCAGAGAACAUGUUUUAUUGCUGACAGAUAAAAGGGAGGUUAGCUGUUGUCUCAGUGCUUCAUAAUUGAGUGGGUCACCUUCAAUGUCUGUUGUAGCUUGUAUUUCUGUGCUAAAUGCAAUCAAGAUAUUUCAGUUUUUAGUA